AUGAAAUUGUUACACCUUUGGGCAGCUUCGAGCGCCUCAUGCGCGACCAUUGCACGGGCCAGUCUGCUAAGCUCUGACUUCCAGGUCGACAUCGACGACGUCACUGGUGCACUCGUGGGCUUGCGGGAUACGCAAGGCAAUGGGUCGUUCAUGAACUGGGUCGGCUCACCCACGGAUACUCCCUGGCUGCCGCUUGGGAGCCGAUGGGGACUUGGCUUCGCGGACCUGGGCCCUGAUUUUCUUCAUCGAUUUUACUGGCGUGAUCCGCAGAUCUCUGCCAACACCAGCCGAGCGAGCCAUGCUGUGUCUUACACCGCCGGAUCCUUAAGGUUGGAUGUCGACCGAUAUCUGAGUGAAGAAGACGGGUCUUUCACGGAAAGAUAUACGUUUGUCAACAAGGGAAAUGAGUCUCUGAACCUGGCAGAGGCCAAGAGCCAUGCUAUCGCAGUUUACACACCGUUUAACGACCACUACACCAAUACUUCGGACGCCAUACGCAACCGCGCGCAUGCCCACGUAUGGGCUAAUGGCGGAGCGAAUGCGUGGGUCAAGAUGGAUCAGAUGGGCGGAUUCGGCCGCAAUCUGGGACUCGUCUUGACCAAGGGCUCCCUGGCAGGUUACAGCAUUGAAUCCCGCGAUAUCGUUACCAUGUCAAACACUCGCGGGGUCUUCCUCUUGCAUCCAACCAUUCCGACGCUUCAACCCGGAGAAUCCGCGUCAAUCGAGUGGACUUUAUUCUAG